GAUUUGAGUCACACAAUAAAGUGAACAUUGCCUGUUUGCGUAUUUGUGUGUUAAAUUCCCAGCAACCAUUUAUUGACACUAAUGUUUACUAUUUCCUCAUAGCUGAUGUGACGAAAGGUCAGCGCUUUAUUUGUGGGACACAUCCAGGCUCCAAAGUCACCUUCAUUCUGCCGACGGAAUUCCACGCCGAAAAGCUUUUAGUCAUGCCACAAACGGGAACAUCUUGGAAGAUUUAUCUUGGGUUCACUUUCCUGAUUUCUGUUUCAGCGAGUCGUUUGUGUCCCGCGCCGACACUGGAUGGCGGUUAUGUAGUCCCUCAACAAGACACGUAUUCCAAUGGAGACACGUUGUUCUACGCAUGUGAAAAUGGACUGAAGCCGGCCGCGGAGGACUGGUGGGCGACAACAACGUGUCAGGACGGUGAAUGGUCCACUCCACCACAAUGCAUAGACGUCAAGGAUUGCAUCCCGCCAACCGUCCCGCAUUCUUCACACACGCCAAGCCCAGUGGGCUGGUACAAGAACCACUACACAAAAAGGCUAACAUGCGACCCGGGAUACAUGGACAGAAACUACGACGCUACAGCUCGCUGUGAAAACGGAACAUGGCGCUCGCUGCCAGUCUGUGACAGAAGCCCCAAAGCGUGCGAUGAACCCCCAAGAAUUCCCCAUGCUGUCAUCGUGAAUCAGAACCCGAAGCAGGAAGUGUAUGCUUCUGAUACGGAGCUGCUGUAUGAGUGUGAACACGGGUACAACGUACAAGGACGAGACAUCAAGAAGGCCAUCUUUUGCAUCGGGGGCAACUGGACGGCGGCCCCAGACUGCCUCAGAGAAGUCAAGCCACCAUCUGGAGACGGCCGAUCCACAACAUCUACUGGUGGAUCUUCAACCAACAGCGGCUCAAGUGACCCUCAAUUCACAACAGUCGACCGGUGCGGACCAACUCCCAUCGUCCCCCACGGCGAGGUCGUGGAAAGGAGCCAGAUGUUUGUGGGCUACGAGUGUGCCAGAUACUACACGCGGGUGGGUCCAGAGAGAGUGGUGUGCCGUAGCAAUGGCCGCUGGUCCACAGCACCGACCUGCCAAGCGUCCUACUGCUCUGUGGACACUGGCAAAUAUCCACAGAUAAAAUAUGUCGGGGUGAAGUUUUUAAAUAACGGUGAGGAGGUGAAACUGGAGUGUGUGAAACUGGCCCACUGGUAUUUCAGACAUUACACAGUGGGGAGGUGCACUGAUCAACGCAUCACUUUAAGCAGAUGUUGUAACUGGUGGGAUUUUAAGCGUAAUGACUGCUGAGACGAGGUCUGUGAGAUGGACAGCGCGCGUGAUCUUUGGAUUUAAGGACUUUCUCAAUUCUGCUUUUUCAUGGAGAUCACUAUGCACACCUUUGUGUCUCCAUACCCACGUGAAUGUAAGACAACUAAAGAUGAAAGGAAUCUUUAUUUUUUAAUCCUGGUCAACAACAGGUAUAUUGCAAUGAAUUACACAACCACAAACCGGUGGAGUUGGCAUGUUGUGUAAAUCGUAAAUAAAAACGGAAUACAAUGAUUUGCAAAUCCUUUUCUGACUCGUCAGACCACAGAACACUUUUCCACUUUGCAUCAGUCCAUCUUAGACGAGCUCGGGCCCAGCGAAGCCGGCAGCGUUUCUGGGUGUUGUUGAUAAAUGGCUGUGGGUUUGCAUGGUAGAGUUUUAACUUGCACUUACAGAUGUAGUGACAAACUGUAGUUACUGACAGUAGUUUUCUGAAGUGUUACUGAGCCCAUGUGGUGAUAUCCUUUACACACUGAUGUCGGUUUUUGAUGCAUCCUGACGGAUCGAAGCUCAGGAGAAUUCAAUGUUGGCGCUUACGUGCAGGGAUUUCUCCAGAUUCUCGGAACCCUUUGAUGAUAUUACGGACCGUAGAUGGUGAAAUCCAUAAAUUCCUUGCAAUAGCUGGUUGACAAAGGUUUUUCUUAAACUGUUCAAAAAUUUGCUCACGCAUUUGUUGACAAAGUGGUGACCCUCGCCCCAUCCUUGUUUGUGAAUGACUGAGCAUUUCAAGGAAGCUGCUUUUAUA